AUAAAUAUCUUGCAAGGAAUGAGCGUGUCCAUGGAGCAACCUUUCCACUUUUAUAUUGAGAAUUGCAAGCUUUAGUACUACUACUACUAAUACUACACACUAGUGACUAAAAACUACAGACAGCCAGCAUCAUACCAUGGCUGAAAUGGCAUUAAAGCUUGAUCUUCCAGGCUUCCGUUUCCACCCAACUGAAGAGGAACUUCUUGAUUUCUACCUUAAAAAUAUAGUUUUUGGUAAAAAAAUGCGUCUUGAUGUUAUUGGCUACCUCAACAUCUAUCGUCAUGAUCCUUGGGACUUGCCUGGAUUGUCAAAUGUUGGGGAAAGGGAGUGGUAUUUUUUUGUGCCUAGAGACAGGAAGCAUGGUAGUGGAGGAAGGCCUAAUAGGACUACUCAAAAUGGGUUUUGGAAAGCCACUGGUUCUGACCGGAAAAUUGUGAGCUUAUCGGACCCAAAAAGGAUGAUCGGAUUGAGAAAGACUCUUGUUUUCUAUAAGGGAAGAGCACCAAGAGGGAACAAGACUGAUUGGGUCAUGAACGAGUAUCGCCUGCCUGAAUAUUCAUGCCCCUUGCCCAAGGACAUAGUCUUGUGCAAGAUAUACAGGAAGGCAACUUCGUUGAAAGUUCUAGAGCAAAGGGCAGCAAUGGAAGAAGAAAUGAAGACAAUUCAUGCGUCUCCAUCUUCAUCCCCACCACCAUCAUCUUUGGACACCAUGUCAUUUUGCAGUCAACUAGAAGAUCCAGUGCCACCGAUAUUAAUGCCUGCGCAAAAUUUGGUUUUCAAGAAAGAAAUAGAAGACAACAACAAUAUUAGAUAUGAAAAACCAAACGAGAUUAAAAGGCCAAGUCUCCAUUUACCUAUGGGGAAGGACAUGUUACCAGAGCUCCAAGUUCCCAGCAAAUUGAGCAUGGAGUGGAACCAAGAUCCCAUCUGGUCCCUAAAUAGUCCUUGGAUUCAAAAUUUUGCCCAUUAUGCAGACAUUUUGAAUUUCUAAUAACCCUGAUUAUUAAGCUCAGAAUUUUUGUUUUGUAUAUAACUGUCGUCUCACCUAGCUCAGCUAGUAACUGUCGUCUCACCUAGCUCAGCUAGUAACGUUGUUUAAGCUGAGCUGUUAAGAUAGAGGCAAUAACCUGGGAGUUAAAUGUCUUGGAAGAACUUAGAUUAUCCUUGUCGAUGAACAACUUAAUUAAGAGCCCUGGAGAAUCAAUACUCAAAUACUCUCCUUUUUUGUUUUGUGAAA